UUUUUUCUCCGGAUAGUCUAUCAUCUAUGACAGCUUGACAUAACCUAUUUCUUUUGAAAAGCCAAGCUCUGACAAGCGAAGGCAAUAAAAAUGACCAAUUCCAAAGGUUAUCGACGGGGUACAAGGGACUUGUUCGCCCGCAGGUUCCGCACCCAUGGAACCAUCCCGCUUUCCACUUACAUGAAAGUUUACAAAGUCGGCGACAUCGUUGACAUCAGAGGAAAUGGUGCAGUUCAAAAGGGUAUGCCACACAAAGUAUACCAUGGCAAGACUGGCCGUGUAUACAAUGUCACCGCACAUGCUCUCGGAGUCAUCGUAAACAAGAGGGUGCGAGGCAGAAUCAUCCCCAAGAGAAUAAACAUCCGUGUUGAGCAUGUCAAGCACUCAAAGUGCAGGGAAGACUUCCUGAAGCGAGUCAAGGAAAACGAGAGGCUGCUGAAGGAGGCAAAAGCUGCUGGCAAGACUGUCAAUCUCAAGAGACAACCCCAGCCACCCAGAGCUGCACAUAUUGUGAAAGGACUCGAGAAGCCUGUCCUUCUUGCUCCAAUCCCAUAUGAAUUUGUAGCCUAAUGUGAAUAAAUUAUAAGU